AUGGCCACCGCAAUGGAUCACUUAGUUACUGGAACCUCCAAGAUUGCUUGGUUGGCAAAUCUCAACACUGAGUUCAAGCCUACCAAGAACUAUCGCCGUACUUCUAUCAUCUGUACUAUCGGUCCUAAAACCAACUCUGUCGAAGCUCUCAACAAGCUCCGUGUGGCUGGUCUCAAUGUUGUCCGCAUGAACUUUUCCCACGGUUCAUACGAAUACCAUCAAUCCGUUAUCGACAAUGCCCGUGAAGCCGAGAAGGUUCAACCAGGACGUCAACUCGCCAUUGCUUUAGAUACCAAGGGUCCAGAAAUCAGAACUGGUAACACAGUUGGUGAUGCUGAUAUCCCUAUCUCUGCUGGAUCAGAGAUCAACAUUACAACCGAUGACAAGUAUGCCACUGCUUGUGACGAGAAGAACAUGUACGUUGACUACAAGAACAUCACCAAGGUCAUCGAACCAGGACGCAUCAUCUAUGUUGACGAUGGUGUCCUUGCUUUCGAUGUUUUGGAGAUUGUUGACGAGAAGACCAUUCGUUGCCGCGCAAGAAACAACGGAAAGAUCUCUUCCAAGAAGGGUGUCAACCUCCCAAACACUGAUGUCGAUCUUCCAGCUUUGUCCGAGAAGGAUCAAGCCGAUUUGAGAUUUGGUGUCAAGAACAACGUCGACAUGGUCUUCGCCUCCUUCAUCCGUCGUGGUGAGGACAUCAAGUCAAUCCGUAAGGUUCUCGGUGAAGAUGGAAAGCACAUUCAAAUCAUUGCCAAGAUUGAGAACAGACAAGGUCUUAACAACUUCCCUGAGAUCUUGAAGGAGACUGAUGGUGUCAUGGUUGCUCGUGGUGAUUUGGGUAUCGAGAUCCCAGCAGCUGAGGUUUUCGCUGCUCAAAAGAAGAUGAUUGCAAUGUGCAACAUGGCUGGUAAGCCAGUCAUCUGUGCUACUCAAAUGCUCGAGUCCAUGAUCUACAACCCAAGACCAACUCGUGCUGAGAUCAGUGACGUUGGUAACGCCGUUACUGAUGGCGCUGACUGUGUUAUGUUAUCUGGAGAGACUGCUAAGGGAAGCUAUCCUAACGAGGCUGUCACCGAGAUGCACGAAACUUGUUUGAAGGCUGAGAACUCCAUCGCAUACGUUUCUCACUUCGAGGAGCUUUGCAACCUUACCGAACGACCAGUCAGUGUUGUCGAAUCGUGUGCCAUGGCAGCAGUCCGUGCCAGUUUGGACAUCAAUGCAGGUGCUAUCAUCGUUUUGUCCACCAGCGGAGACAGCGCACGUCUUCUCUCCAAGUACAGACCAGUCUGCCCUAUCUUCAUGGUUACCCGAAAUGCCAGUGCAUCCAGAUACGGUCACUUGUAUCGUGGUGUCUAUCCUUUCCACUUUGCUGAGGAGAAGCCAGACUUUUCCAAGGUUAACUGGCAAGAGGAUGUCGACAGAAGAAUCAAGUGGGGUAUUGCUGAGGCUCUCAAGCUUAAGGUAUUGGCUCAAGGUGAGAGUGUCGUCGUUGUUCAAGGAUGGAAGGGUGGUAUGGGUAACACCAACACUCUCCGUGUCAUCAAGGCUGAGCCAGAGAACCUUGGCUUAGAGCAAAUCUAAAUAGCAAGGGAACAACUUGAAAUAAUACCAUCAUGAACUUGAGUUCAUCUAUAGAAACGAUAUACCCGAACCUCACUUCGCAUCGAACCAAGCUUCGAUGCUUUAUACGGCCUCUCGAGUUCGUACCGUAAUUAGUUUUACCAUUCCUUCAUGCUUAAAAUGGUUAUGAUAAUGAAGAACAAACAAACCAGAAGGUCACGGAUUGGGUGCAAACGUACAGAAUGUACUGCCUUGUUUAUAGAAGAAUACCAAAUGCUUUACCGCCUCAAAAUGUGAUUUUUAUGACAUUCUA